AUGCAUUUCUACCCCCAGAUAACUACUCGAAAUUCUGAAGUUUCUUGGAUUUCGUUUUUCAUCGUUUAUUCGUGAGUUCUAAAAAAUCAGGAAUGAAUUCCUAGCAAGAAAAAUCAAUGGCGAAGUUUUUGAUUCAAAUUUGGGUAAUCUUAAAAUCCCAAGACUACGAAAACUUUUUUUUCAAAUAUGUUCAAAGAGGGUUGAUAUAGUAAUUUCUCAAUUUUUAAUUUUUUUUCAAGUUCUCAUUUUUGAAUCUUACUAUUACUUUCAAAAUUUUUAAUCCGAUUUUGCACCUUAUCAUUUUUUACAACAAAAACUUCGAGAACUUACUCAGAAAUUUUUUUGUACGCGUUCAGCACACUUUUCGUACCAGUUUAAUCCCUUUUUAGUGCGAGAUCGCGAGCACAGUCAAUUCCAGCACUCAACUGGAGAUGAACCGGAACAAAAAAAGAAAUGAACUAGUACAGAGCGCUUUUUGGGGAACUGAACCGGUACGCGCUUGCUUGCGUCGCUCGCUUGAAUGUCCUGAACCCGUACACUUUUUUCUAUUGAAAAAGGCGUUGUGCGAGCAAAAUUUGUACUGAACAGGUACACUUUUAUGAAAAAAAAAAUUUAUUGAUUAACUAAUCUCAAUUAUUUUACAAUCUGUAGAUUGUUGGUGGGUUGACCUGAUGGAGCGGCUGUGUAGAUUUUUGCCAAGUCGGAUUGAGAAGUCUUGAUGGAUCGGCAUUUGUUGACUGGGGAUUGAUGUUGUUUUGCUGAUCCAUGAAGAUAUUGUUGUAGUUGACUGACUGAAAGAAAAUUUUGUUCAAAAAUUCAGAUUUAAAAUGAGAUUUAUCAACCAUAACUAUCAUACUUCAUAAAUUAUAAGGAUUUUUGUAAAGUGUCUCGGAAGUACAGAUGAUUUUUUGGUUGGCUCAAAUGUUAGUAAAAAACUUCUGUUUUGAUCUGCAGUUGAAAUAUGAAACGCAGUGAUGUGAAAUUUACAAAAUUCGGAUUAAAAAACGAUUCCUAGGAUUUCCUGGGGUUUGUCAAAGAAUCAUCCCUACUGUUUACUGUUUCUCUAAAAUCUAAUUCUCACAAUCCGAAACUUAUUCACACUUGGAAAAGUUCUUGAAAUUAGCUUUUUUUUUUUGAAAAAUGAACAUUUCCCAAUGUUGGAUUAUUUAUUUACUAGGAAGAAAAAUUUUCCCAACUUUUGUACAGAAAAGCACAAAAAAUAUUUCAAAUGAUACUUUUUUAAAGUGCUUACCUUUUCUAAUUAUCCUCAUUUCCAGCCGCGCUUCGAAAUUGACUGCUUUUUGAUAAUUGUAGUUGAGGCAAUAAUCAUGAUUGCUCUGAAAUUUUGUUAAAUUACAAUUAAACGUUAAAAUAACCCAAAAAACGCAAGAAGAGUAUUUCGAAAAACAAAAAUUGUGAAUAAAAAGACGGAUUUAUAUUAAAAUAAGACAAAUUCAACAUGAAACGACAAUAAUUAUUUUUCUUGAAUUAAUUUUAAAGAAUCAAUUUGAAACGACGUUCAAUUCCCCAAAAAAACGAUGAAAACAAAAAAAGGCCCAAAAUUUUCGAAACAAAAAAUGAGAAAUUUUCCUGGAGUUUGGCUGAACCUUUAAUUCGUGUCGAGACCACCGUGCUCUUCAAAAAGUACUGAAUCAGCACAGCCCAAAAGUGUGUCGCGUGCAAUAACGGACUGUACCGGUACGAAAUUAUUUCAUGUGUGUACGGGUUCAGAACAUCUAUCCAAACAUGACAUUUUCAAGCCAAGCAGCUAAAAAGACUGAACGUGAACUCGCAUAAGUUUGAACGCGUACUCGAUAGGAACUGAACGCGUACAAAUGCACAAAACGUGCUGAUCGGGCACAAAAAAAUUCCUGAGUAGACUUCCUUGGACAACUUAAAACUACAGUAAAUUCUGAAAACUCUCAAAAGUUUCAGUUUUAUGUAAUCGAUCAUUCUGAACAACAUUACAUCGUGAACUUUUUGGAAAAAUCUACAGUACUCUGCCACGUCACAGAAUUUUUCUAGCCGAUUUUUUUCAGAAUUCCAAUUGUACUUGUAUUAACAAUAGUAUGCAUUAUAAAAUGGAGACCAAUUCAAGAAUUUCCAAAUAUUCGAAGUUUUCUCAGUUGGUACUGUAGUUGUUCUCCAUCACGGGUUGUUCGAGAACUUGAACAAAUUGAUAGAACGCAUAUGAUUUUAGCUAUUGAUGCCCAGGUAGUUUUAUUUUUUUAGUUUAGCUUUGAAAAAUAUUUUCGAGCAAAAAUAUUAUUUUUGAAAAAUAAAUAGACUAUUAGUACCAAUUGAAUGACUUUUGAAUAGAAAAUAUUUUUGUUUUUUCAGGUUUUUUGAGUAACACGAAUAAAAAAUUCAAUUUUUAGAGCCUUGCUUCAACAUGCGAUUCUCCUUUACUUUUUCGACAGAAUAAUGAGGAAAUCGAAAAAUUCGAAAUGACUGCGAUACCAUAA